AACAGCCUCGUUAUUUAUAUUUAACUGAUGGAAAGACAAAAGAAUAUGAACCAAUCCUACAUAUUCGCACAAAAGAGAAACUUGUUUAGAUGUCAGGAUACAACUUUGAGCAUCCCAUCUCCAUCAUAUGAUAAGAUAUCAGGUAUGAUUAUGAUAUAAAGGGGCUGGCACUGGCACUGCCCCCGUCCGCUCCACUCUUCCUUAGCGUUUCCCGCUCAGACAUAGACACAAACAUUUGGCCUGCAAAAUACAAGUGAGAGGGAGGGAAGGGAGGAGAGUGUGCUCCUGAUGAAGUACGUGUUGGUUACAGGAGGGGUGGUCAGUGGGCUGGGCAAAGGCGUCACCGCCAGCAGCAUCGGCGUCGUCCUCAAAGCCUGCGGCCUUCGCGUCACCUCCAUCAAAAUCGAUCCAUACUUGAACACAGAUGCUGGCACCAUGUCUCCCUUUGAGCAUGGUGAGGUUUUUGUGCUUGACGACGGCGGAGAGGUUGAUUUGGACCUGGGCAACUAUGAGCGCUUCCUAGAUGUAACUCUUACUAGGGAUAACAACAUUACCACUGGCAAGAUAUAUCAGUCUGUUCUUGAGAAGGAGCGGAGAGGUGAUUACCUUGGCAAGACUGUUCAGGUGGUUCCACACAUAACUGACGCCAUUAAGACAUGGAUUGAAUCCGUUUCAGUCAUUCCUGUGGAUGGAAAAGAGGGCCCUGCAGAUGUUUGCGUGAUAGAGUUGGGAGGGACUGUCGGUGACAUUGAAUCAAUGCCAUUCAUUGAGGCUCUGCGCCAAUUGUCCUUUUCAGUUGGGCAAGAGAACUUCUGUCUUAUUCAUGUGAGCCUGAUACCAGUGCUGGGUGUUGUUGGAGAGCAAAAAACAAAGCCUACACAACAUAGUGUGCGGGAACUAAGAGCAUUAGGUUUGACUCCUCAUCUAUUAGCAUGUCGCUCUGCAGAGCCUUUGUUGGAAAAUACUAAGCAGAAACUUUCACAAUUUUGUCAUGUUACAGCUGGUAAUAUUCUUAAUAUCCACGAUGUACCAAACAUUUGGCACGUUCCUCUCUUACUUAGGAAUCAAAACGCUCAUCAUUCAAUUCUUCAACAACUAAAUCUACUAAGCAUUGCCAUGCCUCCUGAUUUAAGAGAUUGGACCAAGAUGGCAGAGACUUACGAUAACCUCACCAAUUCUGUGAGGAUUGCCAUGGUGGGGAAGUAUGUGGGCCUUGCAGAUUCUUACUUGUCCGUAGUAAAGGCCCUUCUGCAUGCUUGUGUUGUUGCUUGUUCUUUAAAGCCAUCAAUUGACUGGAUUGCUGCUUCUGACCUUGAAGAUGAUAGUGCCAAACUGAUACCAGAAGCACAUGCUGCUGCAUGGGGGACCCUGAAGAAUGCAGCAUGUGUCUUGGUUCCUGGUGGAUUUGGAGAUCGUGGUGUGAGAGGUAUGAUAUUAGCUGCAAAGUAUGCCAGAGAGAACAAUGUUCCUUAUCUCGGGAUUUGUUUGGGCAUGCAGAUUUCAGUGAUUGAAUUUGCGAGAUCUGUUUUGGGUUUAGAAAGGGCAGACAGCACAGAGUUUAAUGCACAGACACCGAAUCCUGUUGUAAUUUUUAUGCCUGAGGGAUCAAGAACACACAUGGGAAGCACAAUGAGACUGGGAUCCAGAAGAACACUUUUCCAAGCUCCUGAUUGCACUACUUCAAAGCUGUACCAUAACUCAGAGUAUGUGGAUGAACGCCACAGGCACAGAUAUGAGGUGAACCCAGAUGUUAUUGGAGUUCUUGAAGAAGCUGGCCUGAAAUUUGUAGGGAAGGAUAACAGUGGGAGACGAAUGGAGAUUUUAGAGCUUCCAAGUCAUCCAUUCUAUGUAGGAGUGCAAUUUCAUCCAGAAUUUAAAUCACGGCCUGGGAGGCCCUCUCCUCUAUUUUUAGGUCUUAUCUUGGCAGCAACAGGACAGUUGGAAACAUAUCUUGACCAGAAUCAAAAUUCUAGUUUGACAGCAUUGGAUCUCUCUCAAUAGUUCCAGAUCAUUAGUUCAAGAUAAACGUAUGGAAGUUUAUGAAAGUAGAUCCUGAUUGUGGAGCAAGGGUGUUGAUGCAGUUGGACAAUUUAUCAGGUUGCUGAUCGAUCAGUUGAAAGCAGAUACAAAUUCUAGGUCAUUAGAAGGAUUCAUUUAGUAGAUUGUUCAAACAUAUCGGGAAUUUGAAUGAUAUUGUUGUUUGGCGAUAUUAAUUACUUGUUGGCAUUCAAGAGUUUCCAUAUUCGGAAUGAAUACUUUUGAAACUUUU